GCCACAAAACGGUCGCGAAGCGUUUCAAACGCCCUCACAAACAGAUUAUCACAAAAUGAGUGAAGUUAAUCGUUUGCGAGCGAUUUCCUCCAUUCAUUCGCUAUUUUAAGAGCAGUCUGUUUAAAUAAAUGUUUAAGUCCGCGAUGGAUAAUAUUUAACAUGGCUGGAUCUCGAGAGCGACUUCUUUACGAUAGAUCAGAUUAUUACGAAUACGAACGACGAAAAACAUACGAACGACAUCGUCCCGAAGUUCGCAACGAGCGUUUCGAACGCAUCGAUCGACCACGACGAAAGAAUGGUUACGUAUACGAAGACAUUUACUCAGAUUUUGAUGAAGCUCAAGGCCGUUUAUCGCUGUUCCGACCAAUCAGACCCGAAUACUUGAACUUACAAUCGACGUAUCCGAAAUACAAUUCGCUACCGAGGAAUUAUUACAACGAAAGAAGAUAUAAAAAAGAUUACUACGACUUUCGAAUCCGAGAGAAUCGAUACGAAUCGACUGAGAGAAACGUUAGGGUUAUUAGACCAAGUGAACUAAAGGUUUCGAAGCCAAAGAACGUAGCAGUAUGCAAGCCGUUACGUAUUUCGGAUAACAACGUGCAGUAUUGGACGACAGAUAUUCCAAAAGAACGUAAGAAAAGGGAUGAGCCAAAAAAGAUUGUAAAAUUUUCCGAAGUUUCCGGAUGUCAGAAGACUGUCGUGGAUGAUCCAAUAUGUGGAAAGAAGACUGUUGCAGCAAGAGAAUUAGAGGUAUCACUGGACCAAAUGAUACAAAAUGGAUACUUCGAGAAGCAUAACAUCCCAAUACUGAAGGUAGACAGGAGGCCGGAGGUCCCGCGUUCGAUUCCAAAUGGAAAAUGUGCAACUGUAAAUAAAGCGCCACCACCGAGGAGUACUACGCACUUACCUCAGGUAAUUGCCGCACUGGCAGUGUCGCUGGCUCCAUUCUCCGCCGGGCUUGGCAAGGGCUACAGCUCGCCUGCCAUCGCAUCACUCCAGGGUCCAGGAAACUCUACACGGAGAGACUUCCAGCUAACAGACCAGCAGGCCUCAUGGCUGGCAUCUCUCUCUCUGCUUGGUGCACUCUUUGGUGGCAUGGCUGGCGGUGCCGCAAUGCGUCACGGCAGAAGACGUGUGCUGUCGUUAGCUGCAGCACCGUGCAGUCUGUCGUGGCUAUUGACCGUGGUAGCCACGUCCGUCAGGAUGAUGUGCAUCACUGCCUUCCUUGGAGGAUUUUGCUGCUCGAUACUCACAAUGCUAUCGCAGGUUUACAUCAGUGAAAUAUCUGUGCCAGACAUCCGGGGCUGUCUCAGCGCCGUGCUCAAAAUAGUCGGCCAUCUUGGAGUCCUCUUCAGCUUCACCAUUGGGGCAUAUCUCGAUUGGCAACAACUGGCUCUCUGCAUUUCAGCAGCACCGUUACUGCUUUUCUGUACUGUACUCUACAUACCAGAAACACCAAGCUACCUCGUUCUCAUCGGUAAAGAAGAAGAAGCCUACAAAAGUCUGCUUUGGUUACGCGGUCCAAAUUCUGACGUUGCUCAAGAACUAGCAACUAUUCGAACCAACGUACUUGCUAGUAAGAACUUCAGUCAACGACAAAGUCAAAUGACAGGCAGUCAACUGAUCAACUCGCUAGAUGUAAGAACAAUGAACCGUCUCGUAGGACCAAUUUUGGUUACAUGUGGCCUGAUGAUGUUCCAAAGAUUCUCUGGAGCACACGCAUUUUCGUUUUACGCUGUACCAAUUUUUAGAAAGACUUUUGGAGGGAUGAACCCCCACGGGGCAGCUAUUGCUGUGUCGUUUGUUCAAUUACUAGCUUCCUGUCUUUCUGGUCUUCUGAUAGAUACCGUCGGACGUCUUCCAUUGCUUAUUGUUAGUUCAGUCCUCAUGUCCAUGGCUUUGGCUGGUUUUGGAAGUUAUGCGUAUUACGAAGAAGUACAUAGAAAUCAGAGAAUUCAAAAUGUUAUGUUUCACCAGACAGGUCAGAAUGAUUGGAUACCGUUGCUGUGUGUCCUGGUAUUUACUAUAGCCUUCUCUUUAGGCAUGAGUCCAAUAUCUUGGCUUUUAAUUAGUGAGUUGUUCCCGUUGGAAUACAGGGCUUUCGGCAGUGCAAUGGCGACAGCUUUCAGCUAUCUCUGUGCUUUUGUUGGCGUCAAAACUUUCGUUGAUUUCCAACAAGCGUUAGGCCUUUACGGUGCGUUUUGGUUAUAUGCUUCUAUAAGUGUUGGAGGGUUAUGUUUUGUGGUUUGCUGCGUUCCAGAAACUAAAGGAAGAGAUCUGGAUGAAAUGGAUCCGAAUUAUGUCCAAAGUUUGUCUCCGAAAAGGUAAAGUGUAUCGCUAUUUGAAUGUACUUUUAGAAUGCUCUCGAUUCCCCUUCAAAGAUUGAGUUACAAGUAUUUAGGAAUUCUCCUUUACAAACGAGUCCACUGCAUUUUGGCUGUGUUUUUAAAGACAAUAAUAAUAUAUAUCAUAUACAUUUUGCAUAUCCUCUUCUUUACAUAUCUAACCUAAAGAAUUCUUUAUUGUAGAACACCUAUACAUAAUAAUUGCGCUGUAAACUCUAUAAAGAUCCUCUUCGUCGUCCACAUUCUAGAAGGUUCUCAGUCCGAAAGCAGGUCUUAAGUAUCUAUUGUCUUUUUAUACACCUUAAUGAAACAGAGAGAAAGAGAGACAUUUACAUGGAUUACCUAUAACCUAUACUUUCUGGUUGAUAAUCUAAUUUUAUGUGGACAAAAAGGAUACUUUUAUAGUAUCUAGAGAGAAGAAUAUUCUACUAUUUUCAAAACUCUUCCAUUUUUCCUACGUUAGUACUUUAACUAUACAAGUACAAUAGUUCUGCUUCUGUUUGUAGAAGUAAUCAUUUAAUCGUUAAUCUACGUUGUAACUGUUAGGAAUUGCCAAAAAAAAAAAUUUUAUAUACUAUGGAAUAUGUGUAGCUCUGUUUACUUUCUUAUUUAAAUGAAAUUGAUUAACGGCCGUUCCCAAUAUACUAUCUACAGAUAGAGAUAAAUUACUACCUUCUACUGUCAGUAAUUAGCUGUCCCAAUAUACUCGAUAAGUCAUUCUUAUCGCCUUAUAUUGAGACGCGUGAAUUGCCAUUUCCAUACAAUUUUCUAUCGCUGGUAAGCUAUACGUCAUCCCGUUGACAGACAUCGUGUACGGAUAUGGUGAGUUACUGUCAAUAAUAUUAUAUACAAUAAAGAUCAUUUUCUGUUUCUCCCAUACUUUUUUUAAAUCAAUAACACCUAAUUUAAAUGUAGUUUUACUACUUUAUAACA